AAGCAAUCCUCGGCAUUUGAAGAGAGAUAGACGGGAUUUCCAGCCAUGUUUUUCUACGUUCUUCUGCUUGCUCUAAUGGCCCAGGGCUGGAGCCUUCCACAAGGGAAGACAGGAGAAGAUUCUCCAGUCUUCAGGCCUCCUUCUCCACCCAUGGGCCCUAGCCUUCCUCCACCUGUCAGCCAUGACCUGCACAGGCCAUCGGGUCACCCUGAGGAGUUCAGAACUGGAGCAUCUUUACCUCCAAAAGAAACCCCCAAUGAACCGAGGCAUGGCAGGCCUAAGAGAGAUCUUCAUCAUGGGAAAGUUGUCCCCACUGGAGUCCCUCAUCACACAGGAGAAGUCCUACAUCACACAGACCAUUCUUCUAAUACCCACAAGUCACAUGAAGAAAACAGACCUAAAGGGUUCAGGACUGGACGUCCCUUGCUACCCAUAAAACCUGAGCAUGGCAGGCACAGGAGAGAUCUUCAUCAUGGGAAAGCUGUCCCUACUGGAGUCCCUCAUCACACAGAAAAAUUCCACAACGGCAGCAAUGGAAAAAGCCAUCCUCCCAGACCAGGCCAUUCCACCUUUGCCCACAAUGACAACUCAAGUGAAGAAAAGAGACCAAAACAUGGUCAGGAACAAGGAAAGAAGCAUUAGUAAACAUAAAAAGAAGAAAAUUAAAGAGGAAACCGAGUACAUUGGAUGGAAUUAUUAAUAAGUUAUGGCAAAACCAAUAAAGUGAUAAUGAU